AUGUUCAUCGCAUGCACUGAGGACCCACCAUUGGCAACUGCAUUUCUGAAAAAGGCCCCCUCACAGGAACAGCAGUUGAAAAACAUCGCCAACUUCUUCGACUCUGCUCAAAGGAAUCAAAUUGUUCUAAGAGCCGCUCUGGAUAUGAGUCAAGACAGGCUCAGCGUUUUGAUGAAUUUUGCGACUCAGCUGACAGAGAGGCAAAACAUCCUAAAUCAGCGGCUAUUACAGGUAUUUCGUCAGAAUGUUGCCAUCAAGGAAAAUAAUGAGCGACUACGUUCAGAAGUGAUGAAAACGUUGUCGCGGGCUGAUCGGGUUUCUUCACGUUUGAAGGAUAAUCAGAAACUGACUGCGGAGGAAGCCAAACUGUUUGCGAAAUUGAAGGAAUGUCGUGCGAAGAUGCUGACAAAUUCAAUGAAAGUUUCCAAGCUUUCGUUAGAAGCAGCUCAGCUCCAACGAGAAGCUCGUGGUCCAGCACGGCCCUUCACUGCUUCAGCAGGAGCUAAUUUAUUCGUGUUACAGCAU